AGAAACCCUUCCGGUUCCAUUCCACCAUGACCAUCUCUUCUCUUCUUCUAAAGCUCUCUCGUAUCCCUCUGAAAAUCCCCAGCGAAAAGUGAGAAUUUUCAGAGUGGUAUACAUACAAAUAUAGUUAUAUAUAUAUAUAAUAUAGUUGUAUACCUACAUAUAUAUUGACAGAGGACCAUAUCUAUAGUCGAAAUGAGGGGUUCUUCAGAUACGAAGUUUUUGCAAGAACUGAUUUUGUACGCGGCAAGCGCUGCCUUAAGCUGCUUGGUCUUAUUCGCGGGGCUCCGACAACUCGACCCGAACCGCGAGGCGGCCAAGAAAUCUUUGGAGCACAAGAAGGAGAUUGCUAAACGAUUGGGUCGUCCUCUUAUUCAGACCAAUUCUUACGAGGAUGUUAUAGCCUGUGAUGUCAUUAACCCGGAUCACAUUGAUGUGGAAUUUGACUCUAUUGGAGGUUUAGAAUCGAUCAAGGAAGCUUUGUAUGAAUUGGUGAUUCUUCCGUUGCGUAGGCCUGAUCUGUUUUCCCAUGGAAAGCUUUUGGGUCCACAAAAAGGAGUGUUGUUGUAUGGACCGCCGGGUACUGGAAAGACUAUGCUUGCAAAAGCCAUUGCAAGGGAGUCUGGAGCAGUAUUCAUUAACGUGAGGAUAUCAAAUCUUAUGAGUAAAUGGUUUGGUGAUGCUCAAAAACUUGUUGCUGCUGUGUUUAGCUUGGCUUAUAAACUCCAGCCUGCCAUAAUAUUCAUUGAUGAAGUUGACAGUUUCUUGGGUCAGCGUCGUAAUACCGAUCACGAAGCCUUAACAAACAUGAAGACUGAGUUCAUGGCCCUAUGGGAUGGAUUUACAACAGAUCAGAAUGCUCGAGUUAUGGUUCUUGCUGCAACUAAUCGUCCAUCAGAACUCGAUGAAGCGAUACUCCGGCGUCUUCCUCAGGCUUUUGAAAUUGGAAUACCUGAUCAUAGGGAGAGAGCUGAGAUACUGAAAGUAAUUCUCAAGGGUGAGAGUGUUGAAGACGACAUUGACUAUGACUAUUUAGCCAGUUUGUGUGCAGGUUACACAGGAUCUGAUCUUCUCGAACUAUGCAAGAAAGCUGCAUAUUUACCCAUUAGAGAUCUACUAAAUGAAGAGAAAAAGGGGAAACGGGCUUCUGCACCCAGGCAACUGUUGCAGAGAGAUUUGGAAAAGGUUUUUGCUACAUCAAGAAAGACAAAGGCUGCUGCAAACGAGUACACCGGAUUGAGGAACGGGGAUACGAGUGAUUACCCGGUUCAAGCGGCAUUAAACGAGCUGUCAAAGCUGGUGGUGUCCCAUGUCUUGAACCUUCAACAACCAGACAACAACCAAGACCCAUAAAAUUCCAACCUCCAACCAUUACUACAGCUUCUUUGGUGAAGCAUGACUUAUUUUGACAUUUAUUAUGGUUAUAACUGUAGUAGCUUGAUUAGUUAGCCAUAUUGUUUCAAACUUGCAAUACACCUUUAUAUUAUAUAUACUCAUAAGGUGUUGAUUGUCUUGUAUUCUUUGAAGGUUUCUUCAAAAUUUCACCAUUUCACCAUUCUGGGCCA